AAUCUAGACGUAUGAUUUUACAUAAUCAGUCGUCCGGCUGAAAGCACCUCGAUCGGACCACUUGUGUUGUACUUAGAUUCAUCCAUAUAUUUUUUGUAAGCCAUGGACAAAAUGCCGGAAGUGGAUAUUGAGGAGGAGGAGGAGACUCCAGCUAUCCCCACAGAGAUGCAUGAGUUUAAGAUGCUCCCGUUAUUCAUGGACUUUGAGGAUUUUACCAUUUGUAAGCCUGCACCGUUUUCCCACGAUGAGAAGGCGAUGCUGGAGCUGGAAAGAUGCGACUACACUCAGAGAAUCACCUACCAGAUGGCUCGAUCCGGCCAGACAGGUCGCAGAGUGAGAGUGUACGCCGAUGGCAUCUAUGAUCUGUUCCACCAGGGCCAUGCCAGGCAGCUGAUGCAGGCCAAGAAUAUCUUCCCCAAUGUUUACCUUAUCGUGGGGGUGUGCAAUGACGAGCUCACACUUCGGAUGAAGGGACGCACCGUGAUGAACGGAUUCGAGCGGUACGAGGCGGUACGCCACUGUCGCUAUGUGGACGAAAUCGUCGCAAAUGCUCCCUGGUCGCUGACCGACGAGUUCCUUAACGAGCACAAAAUAGACUUUGUGGCCCACGAUGACAUUCCCUAUGGAGCGGGUGGAGUGAACGACAUCUAUGCUCCGCUGAAGGCCCGCGGCAUGUUCGUGGCCACGGAGAGAACGGAGGGAGUGUCCACCUCGGAUAUUGUGGCUAGAAUUGUUAAGGAUUACGACGUAUAUGUGCGCCGGAAUCUAGCUCGCGGAUAUUCUGCGAAGGAGCUUAAUGUUUCCUUCCUAUCCGAGAAGAAGUUCCGGCUGCAGAACAAGAUGGAUGAACUGAAGACCCGAGGGAAGCGAGAGUUCACCAAGGUGAAGGUGGACAUAAUUAGCAAAUGGGAGGAAAAGUCACGCGAGUUUAUUGACGCCUUCCUGCUGCUGUUCGGGAGGGAGCGAUUGAACAACUUGUGGAAUGAGUCCAAAGGCAGGAUUAUUCAGGCCCUGAGUCCGCCUGGCAGUCCCAAUGGCUCCAUCAACGGCGACGAUCCGGAUGGGACACCCGAAGAGAGAGACAACUCCGACGAGGAGUAUAUGGAACUACCGCCCGAGUACGGUUCUGACAGUGUGUGCUCCCUUAAUGGAAAGGCAAAGCGGCUAAACCGCCGGACGAAUCGGUGCUAUGACGAAGUGGUGGUAGCAGCAGAUGAUGAGGAUGAGGAUGAGGAUGAGGUAGAAUACGAUAUGGACCAGCGCAGCAAUUGAGGACAGUUUUGGACGGCUUGUAAAUUAACCAAUCUCUCCAUUUCCUCCUUAAACCAUUUAAAUAAGAAUGUAAAUUACUUUGUUUCUAGUUAUUUUCAAACAACGCAAUUAUGGCAUCACAUA